AUUUAGUCCCUUUUAUAUAGUAGGAUUGUGGUUUUAACUCAUAUCAAAAAAGCUUACGUUAACUCGGCUUUGUCUCAUUUUAAUUAAUGAGAUACUGGACUGUAUCGAUUUUGAUUUAUUUAGAAAUUUUAAGAAUUGAACUCAUUUUAACGGAAACAAAUCUCUUACAGUUUUUUAAUCUUUACAAACAAACUCAAUUAAGCAUCCCUAAACUACCAUUCUUAUUCAUAAUUACAUCUGUUUGUAUAUAUGAUAUUGAAAAUUACCAACCCAAUGGGAAAACUAAAGGAUAAAUAUAUAUAUCAUGUACAAACUGAUGCAAAUUCAACAUUAGUCUAGGUGAGAGGAGAACAUAUAUAUUUAUGUGAUUAUUAAUAUGUGUUUUGAGACCGAAAAAAACGUACUAUCAAGAUAUGACAUGUAUCGUCCGUAUCAAUUAUUCCUUCACACCUAAUCUGAAGAGAUUUUGUAUCUGUAGGUUUCGCCCAACUAAUUGAUAGUUACACUUUUCUCUUAGAAAAAGGCUUCAUUAUAGUUAAUCCGUAAUAUGAGGAAUGAAAGCUUACUUACUUUAGAAAGUUAUAUAUAUACGACCCUUAUAGAACAUCCACUGCAUCAAACACACAAACACAAAAUCACUUCUCAUCUUCUCCCAUAGAUAUCACACUUUCUCCACUAGCUGUUUUGCAGUUUUCAUCGCUGAUCUAGCAUCCGCUUAUCAUUAUUUCCAAGUUGCUUUCGGGACACGCUUUUACAUUACUACACUAAUGGAAAAGCUACAAAAGAUGAUCUCCGAGAAGUCAGUAGUGAUCUUUAGCAAGAACUCGUGCUGCAUGUCUCACACAAUCAAGACUCUCAUCUUAGACUUUGGUGUAAACCCGACGAUCUAUGAGUUAGACGAGAUCAACAGAGGAAAUGAGAUAGAGCAAGCAUUGGCUCAGCUCGGCUGCAGCCCCACCGUGCCGGCGGUUUUCAUAGGAGGUCAGCUCGUUGGUGGAGCCAAUCAAGUCAUGAGUCUUCAUCUCAAUCGCUCUCUUCUUCCAAUGCUUAAGCGGGUUGGGGCGUUAUGCAGGGCCGGCUGAAGACUAGGGGCCAGCAGUGCACUCGUCCGGAGCCCAUAUUUUUUUUUAAUCUAGUAGUAUAACUUUUCUUUUUGUUUUUUUUUUUUU